ACAAUUUUGUAAUCUUAUUUAAGAUAAAAAAAGAUGUCACGGAAUUCAUUGCUAGAAUUUAUGGCAACCAUAAAUUAAAAUUACCCACAUGAAAAACAAAAAGCGUAUAGCAAUCACAUGAAUUUGCUCCCUCUUCUUUCUAACUUUUCUAUAAUCAGCUGUUCUAUUUCUAUAAAUCAGUCCUUUUGUUUUCUACCUCCUAUUUCUUUCUUUUUUACGGUUACUGUUCUUGCAUGCAGAUUUUGUCAGCAGAUUCUUGUUCCUGGAAUCAACAGCAACAAAUAAAAUGAGUUCCAGACGCCCUCCACUACAUACCUGUGGACUUUCUUUCAUGGAAAUAGCUGACGAAGUCUGCAUAAAGGCACAACAACUCAGUGGACCCAUAGGUUCAAUGACAAAGAAGAUUUCCAGGAUGGCUUCAUUAGCCUCCCCUUUUGUCUACGCUCUUGAAUAUCAGCUGCUGUUAAUCUUUUCCUUCUUGGAUGAUCGGAUUUUCGCCCUUGAAUACGUGGUUGAGGCCAUUUUCCCGCCUUCGAAAUACGUGUUCGAUAAGGUUGAUGAAUUUGUCAAGAUUGCUGAAGUCCUGCCAGGAAAGUUUGAUGAAGCUGUGAGCAAGUUUCCAACAAUUAUCCAUCAAGUUCCAUUUCUUGAUUGGGCCUUGUUUCGUGCCAUUUCAAGCCUGAAUUUCUUCCUCUCUAUAUUGAUAGAAUGGGGAUCAGAAAAUGCCAAGGAAAAGGAAAUAUUGAUUGAUAUCAACUGUAACGAGAGCAGCAAUGAAUCAGGUGCAGCUCAAAAAGCGGAUCAAAGAAAAGAAUCUCAGAAGAACGGAAUUAAAGAAGAUGGUGUUCCUACAUCUGUAUCAUCAGGAGUUGAAAAUGGAACAGUCAUGAAAUGCACGUAUAAGGAUGCACUAGAGAAGGUCAUGAAAGCCACAUACAAGGAUGCACUGGAGAAGGGAACUAAAGAAUUAGACAGCAGAAACGAGGAAAAGAAGGAAGGAAGAACAAAGAAGAGCAUCGGAAAGAAAAAGAAUAGAGCAACGGCAGAGACAGAAAUCAAGGAAGCUAUCACAGAAGGAAAGAUGAAGAAGAACAUAGAAAAUAAAGAAGAGACUGUUAAGAAGGAAAUCAGAAAAUCCAGACCUGACAAGGAGGCAACUAAGGGAGGAACAAAGAAGAAGAUAGAAAACACAGAAAAGAGUGCAAAAGAGGAGACUGAAAAAUCCAUUAUCAAGGAAGUAAACAGGGAAGGAGGGGAUAAAAAUGCUAAUAAAAUAGAGGAAAAACUUAGCAACGGGGAUCAGAUUCUGGAGCUGUUUGAGUCUGCUUGGCUUGCGAGCCCAAGAAAUAAAGAAACACCAAGCUCUCUCUCACGUUCGGUAUCAUAUCAAUGGUGAUUGGUGAAGGAAACUUACUAUGACAUUCUUUUUAUGAUAUAAGGAAAAUAACAUGCUGCUCUGACAUUCUUCAAGAAUAUGUAUUAGUAGAGGAAUCUUUGUAGAUAUCUUAGUGCAAUUUUUCAAUGUAAAAUACUAUUGUAUUAGUAGGUUGGCUAAAAUGAUUGUAAAUUAUAGUUUAUCAUAUGAGCUGCAUCAUGUAUGUACAAAUUUAUAUAAAAAGGUUAUUUAUUAAGUA